CACCAUUUGAAAAAUACGAGGGUUUGCACUUCCCCGCCUUUGAAGAAGUAAAAACUGGAAAAUGAGGGGAAAACCCAACUUGCAGUUUCACUUUCACUCGCAUACUGACAUCCAGCUCUCUCACUCGGAUCGCUUUGCCCCGACGGCGACGAGGAAGAAGGAGUAGAAGCAACGGGAAAUGGAAGACGAAGAUAGGCAGAAGACUCUGGAUCUAGUCAAGGAGCUAGUGCACCGUCUCCUCUCUCACAAUCCCGCUACACCAAACAACGCCGCCCGAAACCCUAACCCCACCGAUCUCAACAACUCCUUCCGCUACGCCGUCCGCAUCCUCUCCAGCAGGCUCACUCCUUCCAUCGCCCCCGAUGCCGCCGCCAUCGCCGAGUCAAUCAAGCGCCGCCUCGCCACUCAGGGCAAGUCCUCCCAAGCACUCUCCUUCGCCGAUCUCUACAACAAGUUCGCCUCCAAGACGGGGGCCGGCAGUAUCAACAACAAGUGGGCGGUUCUCUAUUUGCUCAAAAUUAUAUCCGAGGACAGGAAAGUGUCUCAGGCCUCGCACAAUUUCGCACUUCACCUGCCCAGUUUGAGUCUGGAUGACCGUGAAUUGGGCGGGGAAUCCCGCAAUUUCAGGCGAGGGGAAAAGGGUUGGGAGGAUGGGGUUUUGAUGGUGGCCAAGGACCCCGAGAAUUUGCGCGAGAUCGCGUUUAGGGAGUUUGUGAAUUUGGCCAAGGAAGAGAAUGACGUGUCCGAGGAGGUCUUGGUGAGGGAUGUUUUGUAUGCUUGCCAAGGGAUUGACGGUAAAUAUGUGAAGUUUGAUGCCGAUCUCGAUGGUUAUGUGUUGCCAGAGAAUUUCAAGGUCCCCAGAUCGACUAGAACUAUGGUAAGAAAGCUCUGUGAGUUAGGGUGGUUAUUCAGAAAAGUUAGAGGCUACAUCACUGACAGUAUGGAUUCAUUUCCUACCGAAGACGUAGGAACAGUAGGCCAAGCAUUAUGUGCUGCGUUGCAAGAUGAGCUCUCUGAGUACUACAAGCUGUUAGCUGUGCUUGAGGCUCAGGCAAUGAAUCCUAUUCCAUUGGUUUCCGGGUCAGCUACUUCGUUGAAUUAUCUAUCUUUGAGGAGGUUGUCAGUGUGGUUUGUGGAGCCGAUGGUGAAAAUGAGGUUAAUGGCUGUUCUGGUUGAUACUUGCAAAGUCUUGAAAGGUGGUGCCAUGGCUGGUUCUAUACAUUUGCAUGCUCAGCAUGGUGAUCCUCUUGUACAUGAAUUCAUGAAGAGCUUGCUCCGAAGGGUAUGCUCUCCGCUUUUCGAAAUGGUUAGGCGAUGGGUUUUGGAAGGAGAACUGGAAGAUAUAUUUUCAGAGUUCUUUAUUGUGAGCGAAACAAAGGAACUAGAAUCUAAUGUGAGCCAAAAAGGAAAAGAGUCCCUUUGGAGGGAAGGUUACAGGCUGCAUUCCAUGAUGCUUCCUUCUUUUAUUUCUCAGUCCCUAGCUCAGAGCAUUUUGAGGACUGGGAAAUCGAUAAACUUUCUGCGGGUGUGCUGCGAUGAUAGGGGAUGGGCAGAUGCUGCCACGGAGGCUGCCGCUGCAGCAGGGACAAGCACAAGAAGGGGAAGUCUUGGAUAUGGUGAAACUGAUGCACUUGAAAAUCUGGUUGCUGAAGCAGCAAAGAGAAUUGAUAAACAUCUGUUGGACGUUAUGUACUCAAGGUAUAAGUUCAAAGAACACUGUCUUGCAAUCAAGCGUUAUUUACUGCUUGGCCAAGGUGACUUUGUUCAAUAUCUAAUGGAUAGCAUAGGGGAAGAGCUUUCUGAACCUGCUAGUACCAUCAGUUCGUUUAAGUUGGCUGGCUUUUUGGAAAGUGCAAUCCGAUCAUCUAAUGCUCAAUACGAUGACAGAGACAUAUUAGAUAGGGUGAGGGUCAACAUGAUGGUUCAAAGCACUGGUGAUAGGGGAUGGGAUGUAUUUUCACUGGAAUAUGAUGCUAGUGUUCCAUUGAACACGGUGUUCACUGAAUCUGUCAUGGCAGAGUAUCGAAGGAUUUUUAAUUUCCUGUGGAAGCUGAGACGAGUUGAGCAUGCACUUAUUGGUGCUUGGAAAACGAUGAAACCAAACUGCAUUACCUCCAAUUCCUUUGUUAAGCUGCAGGGUGCAGUUAAAUCACAGUUACUUUUGACAUUGAGGCAGUGCCAGGUACUGUGGAAUGAGAUGAACCAUUUUGUCGCAAACUUACAGUAUUACAUUAUGUUUGAGGUAUUGGAGGUAUCAUGGUCAAAGUUUUCAGACGAGAUGGAAGCUGCAAAGGAUCUCGAUGAUCUUCUUGCAGCUCAUGAGAAGUACCUUAAUUCGAUUGUAGAGAAAUCUCUUCUUGGUGAACGCUCUCGGCCCCUCUACAAGUCACUAUUUGUUUUAUUUGACCUCAUAUUACGUUACAGAGGUCAGGUCGAUCGAUUGUAUGAAGGCAUCUUUGAGCUGCAAGCAAGAAAUGCUGUGUCUUUACCCUCCAAAGACAAGAGGAAGUCAUCGAAACAGACUGCAAAACGACCUGAGCCUCCUGGGUCAUGGGUUGGUGAAGGAAGGAAGGCCCUAACACAACGUGCCGGAGAGUUUCUUCAAAAUAUGGGGAAAGAGUUGGGUGCCAUCGCAAAGGAAUAUACAUCACUGUUGGAAGUUUUCUUAUCCGAGUUGCCUGUCCAGCAGCACAUCAACUUGAAAUUCCUUCUUUUCCGGCUUGACUUCACUGAAUUUUAUAGCCGACUGCAUCCUGCUAAAUGAUGCAAGUUGUUGAUACUUUAGAGUUCCCACCCCUACUGUAGUUACUUGCAAGAAAUGGCCAGAGCUUUCCAGUAUGGCUGAUUGCUCACAGCCAUAUUGCUGAAGGAGUGUGCAGUUUCUCUUGCUUACAUCAAGCAGACCCUUUUAUCUAGAUGGUGUGUUCUACUUUGUGAUGAUUUUCAUGAAAAUUUGGGAUCAUGGAAGAAGGUACUUUGUAUCAUUAUGUGAUUUGUUGUUAGAAGUAGUGGUAACUGGAUUAGUGUGAUGUUUCACCCUUGUAGAAAAAAACUGGUUCAGUUUUAUGGUUUGAAGGGUGAUUUCCUUUCAAGCUUGGGAAGCAGUAGGUCUCGUCAUUUUGUGUUCUAUAGUCUUGCAGUUGCCAAAUGGUAGCAGUUUGCUGGUACACUGCUUUUGUUUUCACUCCCACUAUUUUACUAUCCAACUCUAAUUCAACAAUAACAAUUUGGAUAGCAUGUCUGUAAAUAUCAUCUGGCUCUUGCUGUUUGUGUUGAAGAUUGCACUGAAUGAAGAGUAGGGGUUUGUUUUUUUUUUUUUUCCUUUCGCGAGAGUGAAUGGUAGUGGUUUCUGUGCUCUUCUGAUCCACAUAUUAUCAGCUCCAUUUUACGGUUUGUGUCUCUUCAGUUCUCUGCUUGCUGAAAUGCAGUGGCCUCCAUGAGUAGUUCAAAACUGAAAUA